AUGUCAAAUCUUUACGAUAUCGAUCACGGAAGUUUAACACUUUCUGAGCAUAGAUCAUUCCCAACAACACCGCUUGUGAAGUUAGGCUCUAGCUUUGACAAGGUAUCAGAUUUCCUGAAACGUUUCCAAGGCAUCCCUGAUUUGCUGGAACUCGAUCAUCUGACCGUUUCGGGUGAUGUAUGGUUUGGAAAAGAUGUAUCGCUGAAGGGAACAGUUAUCAUCAUUGCCAAUCACGGAGACCGAAUUGAUAUUCCGCCUGGCUCAAUCUUAGAGAACAAGAUCGUCUCUGGUAAUCUGCGUAUCUUAGAGCACUAA